AUGUACUCGAACAAAAACCAAAUUAUCUUCAAAAUCACACAUAUUAUUUCGUUCUUAAUUGGCUUAGCCCCCUACAGCAUCAGGAUUUCGUCUUACUCCUCGAAAAAACCUGAAUUCAAUUUUACAAUCACGUAUUCUAGACUGGGAUGUACAUACAAUAUCUUAUUGAUGUUCGUAUUUGUUGGAAUGACUCUGAUUGUCACACCGCGUUUGAUAGCAUGGCAGUAUGGUGAUCACUCAGUGCUCUCGAUAAUCGUCGCUAUUCAGACCAUGAUUGGAAGUAUAGCUUCGAUAAUAGUGAUUCUUCAUUACACUCUCCAUCAAAAACAGAGUGUUACUAUUGGAAAUAAAUUCAGUGAAUUCGAUGCAACCUAUGGAAACAAAUUCCUCCGUGCGUUUGAUGAAAGCAACUCAAAUAGAUUGAAAAAUCUUCGGCAUUGGCUGACAAUAUUUCUAUUCACAUUCAUCUGGUCUGGAGUUGUCAGCACCUCAGUAGGCGAUGAACAAUCACCUGCAUGUAUUGCAAGUUUCCUCAAUGUUAUAGUUCUGAGUUCCGUUCUCAUACAGUACAGCUCCGUUGUCGACAAUCUGAGAGGAAGAUUCAAGCGACUCAAUGCGGUACUUCCAAAAAUUUUCAAAUGCCCCAUUCCAAGUCUCCCAUUCGCUGAGAAUGUCUGGAAUAACCGUUUUGUUACAAAUGAUUUCGUAGCUUUUAGACAAGCACGGAAUGAGCUGUACAGAAUUUCUUGUCUCACCUCGGAGUUUUACUCUUUCCCCAUCUUAUUGACAAUAUUCUACAGUUGUUGCGCUACUAUCAACACAGCUUACUACUUUCUCCUCAACGUAGUGCAAGUCGAUCAGUUUAUACUGCACCAUCACGGCUUGAAUAUUUUAUUCUGGUUCUUCAUAUGCGUAUAUCCUACUAUUGCCUUGAGCAGAAGUGUGCAUAUAUUCAAUAUUGAGAUGCAUAAAACAGCUGAUAUUGUUUAUGAUAUUUUGGACACGUCCGCGUCCAACAGAGAAGUAGAGUAUCAGUUGAAUAAUUUUGCGCUGGAGGUAAAGCACAAGAAAGUUGAAUUCACUGCAUGCGGAUUCUUCUCUCUAGACUGUACACUUCUUCAAUCAAUGUUUGGUGCAUUUGUGACAUACCUACUGAUUAUGCUACAAUUCAAGCCGAAAGACGUGAUGCAAGACUAG